CGUUGUGCUCUUUAAAUCUCCUCUGUUUAUGUUUUGCAAAAGUGCUCAAAUCUCUGACAAAUUCUCCACAUCAAAUGGCAUUUAGGGUGCUCCAGAGGCACAUCCGUAUUGGGGCGAGCUUCAACACACUCCUGAAGACCCCAAGAGUCCCCAGCUGCCCAGGGAGUUGCCGAAUUUCGGGUGUCACGUGGAAUUUCAGCCGGUGCCUCAGCAGUGAUACUCAUCAGGUUAAGUUGGAUAACUUCUAUGAGAAUCUGGACAAGAUACGUGAGGAUGCAGCUACAAAUCAUCGUAUUGCCAGUGUACUGUUUGAGGAGACUGUGGCCAGAUUGGGGGAGCAUCAGACAAGUCAGGAGAAUGUGAUGUUCCUACUAAAGAGCUGUGGGACAUUCUUUCCGGAUUUGAGUCAUCAGGAGCGUGGGGAGUUUAUCCGGAAGAUUUGGGAAUUUAUCGAUCAAUCACGAAUACCAUCAGCUGAGGACUACAUCGCCCUCCUGCAGGCACGACGGAAGAGCAGGCAGUGCAUCAUGAACUACAAGAGCUUCCUGGACGAUGUUAAGGUGCCCGUGACGGCGGGAAUUUAUGAGGAACUCCUGUAUUUGGCAGCUGAAUGCAAUCUAAUCGAGGAGGUUUACAAGAUUUUAGCUGAGAUGAAGGAGAAGAAUUUCCCCGCCACGGAGACAGUCUUCAAUGCCCUGAUUCUGGCACAUUCACGCAAUAGGGAUUUGAAGAAUGUGGAGUUGGUGCUGGAAACCAUGGCUGCUGCCAAUGUGGAACCAAGUUCCGCCACAGUGAUGGAACUCAUUAAGGCCUACGUGGAGAAUGGGACACUGGACAGAGCUUUGGGUAUUUUACGACGGGAUGGCUUCCUUCUGGCCCCGGAGCAAUUGAUGAUGAUUGUGAAGACAUCCCUGAAUAGCAAUGUGGAGCAAUCAUUCGUGGCGGGAGUUGUAAAGUACCUCCCUGAGGAUAUUCUGCUAAAAAGGGGCAUCCAUUCGAUUGUGAGGAAUUUACUGACGGAGCUCGUGUACGAGGGAAAGUGGAAUAAAGCCUUGGAAGUUCUGCACAGUUUACCAAAGCCAGUCUUCCAUGCUCAUGAAGAUGUCGAUUGGUAUGGAACAUUCCUCAUAAAUGAUAUGAUCAAAAAGGGCUCCUCAGCUGAAGAUAUUGUGGCAUUUUGUGGGAAUUUAAUCACAUCAGAGAGGAACAAGAGAGCCCUCCAUGUGGCCAUUGAGAUUGCCCUUAGACGUUCAUCACCAGUAGCUGUGGAUUUGCUGCAGGAAUUAUCCCUGAAAGAGGAGCUUAAACCCCACUACUUCUGGCCACUUAUUAUCCGAGCCCAUGAGGCAGGAGGAGAACAGGCAAUCCUCAAUGUUGCCCAUCAAAUGUCCAAACUGGGAGCACCUCCGGAUUCCGAGACAAUUAACCUGUACAUCCUCCCACGACUCAUGAUAACGCUGAAAAAUGUCACGAAUGCCAUUAAAAUUCUCGAAGAUUGCGGAAUAAAGAUGUCCCAGCUGCUCACCCCACUCGCCUCGCAUUUACUCAUCCAGAGAAGAUUCCAGGAAACCUUCGAAAUUGUCAAGAUGUACCAAACAAAGGUGAAUUGUGAUGCCCUCCUAUCGCCACUUGUUCAGACCCACUUCUUCUGCACACAGUCGAGUCUCCUGGGGAAGAUUGUGGCUCUCUUUGGUAGCCGAAGUGAGAGCCCAUUUGAUUUUGGCGGGAGAUUCCUCAUGGAAUUGGUGACAAGUCGCACAUCUAAUGUACCACACGAGUACCUUGGGAAGAUUAUCAAGGAAUUCUUCCUGUGUGGCGUGAAGAUCUCCCAAAUGGCCGGGGAUGUGGUUGAGCAGUACCUGGAAAAGGCAUCCGAUCGACAACUUCUUGCCACCACGAAGCAGGAUUUGCGGAGAAUCGUUGACAAGAAGAUGAAUAAUGUAUCCCGGGAUGUUGGGCAGCAUAUCACCCAUCCGCGGGAUAUGACACUGGAGGAGCUUGAGUGUCAUCUCGUUGAGCUGGAAGCGAAGAAACUCAACACCCGUGGAGUCCUGAGGCGCCUCCUGCAGCUGAAUGUGCAAAAGAAUAAACUCGAACGUGCCAUUGAGGUGAAGAAGCUCUGUGAUGAGCGAAAGGUGGAUCUCAGUCCGGGAAUGUUGGCCAGUAUAUUUGAUUUGAAUGUCAAGACGAAGAAUAUCAAGGAGGCCGAAUGGACGUGGUUGGAGUUGAAGAGAAAAUACCCAGGAUUUGCCGUUGAUGAGCACAAAGUCAUUGAUUUUGCGAGUUUACUGGUGGAAAUGGGCUUCCUUCCGGAGGCAAAGAAAGUCCUAACAAUGCGGGCAGCAACAAAGAUUCGCGGUGGUACCAAUACGCUGAAGAAUGUGUGGAAUUUGCUGACAAAUGUUGCGCAACAUGCUGCCAAAUCGGGUGCUGUGAAUGGGGAAACGAGAGCUUUCUUGCGCUUCUUGGUUGAUCUGAAGUACUGCGAUUACCACAAUACACUCCUGGGGCCCGUUGUGAGGGAAUUCCUCUUCCGGCGGGAUCUCCCGAAGGCAUUGGAGGAGUUUAGGGCAAUUGCUGAGAGAUUCAAGAAGACCCCACUCAAGCUAGAAUUGAUGACACUCAUUCUGGAGAUUAGCAAUGGGAAGCACAAAGCUGAGGACUUUGGCACAACACAGGAUGCCCUUCCGGCAAUGAUGGAGGAAGUCAUGGCAGCCGUAUCGACUGUCCAUGGUGCUCCAAAUGCACAGAUGACGCUGAUUUUCGCCCUCGCCGAAGGGGGAACAGACACUCAACUCCGGAAGCUCCUCAUUGAUCCCCAAAUCAGGAUAAAUCAGGAAUUGUUUCAGAAGCAAUGCGACUACCUCAGCAAUGCCCACAAAGUUGAACCACUCAUUCGUCUGGCCAGGUGUACACGUGGUUUGGGGUACCUCAUUCAGGAGCAGGACAUGUACACAAUGCUCCUGAAUUCCUUCGUGCGCGACAACAAUCACGAAGAAGCCCUCAUGCUCUUUGACAAAAUCACCGAAGAGGAUGAAUUGAAGCUCAGUCGGAGCUUCGUUGAAUCCCUCACGGACUUGCUGAACAAGAACAACAUUGAGAUUCCCACACGUCUGGCAAUUCACACUAAAGUACGAAAUUGAACCAACAGAACAUCAUAAUUAAUAAUUAAUAAUUAAAGUUGAAAUAAAAGACUUUCUUUAAAAA